GGUUCAACCAUUUUGGGAUGGGCGCGCAGAUUGCUCGCGAGGACCGCCGCGAGAGCGUCGAUGGAUCGCAAGUGUCGGCGGGAGAGCCACGGGGAAACGGCUUGUUCAGCUUCACCGGCAACCUCAAUGCAGAAACGUCGUCGACACAAGGAUCGCGCUUUGUGAUCGGCGUGUGUGCGAUGGACAAGAAGGCGAAUUCCAAACCGAUGACCGAAAUCUUGUCGCGGUUGCCGAGGCACACGUUCUCCAUUGUCCUGUUUGGAGAUGACAUGAUACUCAAUCACCCUGUGGAAGACUGGCCGCUUUGUGAUGCCUUGAUUGCGUUCUUCUCCACAGGAUUCCCAUUGGAAAAGGCGAUGGAAUACGUCGAACUGCGUCAACCGAUCGUCGUCAACGACUUGUCCAAGCAGAACCUGCUCAUGGACCGGCGCGACGUAUACCGCGUGCUGAAGGACCAUGAUAUCCCGACCCCACGCCACAUCUUUGUCAAUCGAGACCGGUACGAUGGAGACAACGACGGCCACGGACUAGACGAAGCGAACUUCAUCGAGAGCGACGACUACGUCGAGUUGAACGGCGUGCGCAUCCACAAGCCGUUCGUCGAAAAGCCCGUCAACGGCGAAAACCACAAUAUUUACAUCUAUUACCCGACCAAUGCCGGCGGUGGAUGCAAGCACUUGUUCCGCAAGAUUGGCAAUCGGUCAUCCGAGUUUCAUCCGAACGUGAUCAACGUCCGUCGCGAGCCGGGGCAGUCGUACAUUUACGAAGAGUUCAUCUCGACCCAGGGCACCGACGUCAAGGUAUACACAGUCGGGCCCAACUACGCGCACGCAGAAGCGCGCAAGUCGCCCGUGCUGGACGGCAAAGUCAUGCGCGACGCCGUGGGCAAGGAGAUUCGGUACCCCGUGAUCCUCUCGACGCAUGAAAAGGAGAUCGCGUACAAAGUGUGCCGCGCGUUCGGCCAGACCGUGUGCGGAUUCGACAUCCUUCGCGUCGGCAACGAAUCGUACGUGUGCGACGUGAACGGGUGGAGUUUUGUGAAGAACUCGCCCAAGUACUACGACGACUGCUCGGUGCUGCUCCGCCAAUUCCUCGAGCGCGCGCUGGCGGGGUUUGCCGACCCGUACGAAAGCAUGCACUCCCCCACGGACCGGCUUCUCGGCAACAGUUCGUCCAUGUCGCUACUGGACAUGGGGGAACGCAGUGGCGCCGACCACGGCGAGGAUGGACGGCCGUCGGAAAUGCACUCGCCUGGGUUCCACGAUCCACUGGACAACGAAGGCCAGGAAGAAGAGCUGCGAUGUGUGCUAGCCGUGAUUCGACAUGGCGAUCGCACCCCCAAGCAAAAGAUGAAAAUGCUCGUGACGCACCGUCGGUUUCUCGCGUUUUACGAAGACCGCGUGGGCCAAGGCAAGAAGAAGGAUUUGAAGAUCAAGACCAUCAAAGAUCUGGAAGAACUGUUGGCCGUGAGCAAGCAAAUGAUCGACCAACCAGCCCACAACGACGAGUUGGAGAAGGACCAGUUCAAGGGCAUUUGUACCCUGCGCGACGUGCUCGAACGAUGGCAGCUGUGCGGGAUCAACCGGAAAGUCCAAAUGAAACCUCGCGCGUGGACCCACGACGACCAAAAUGACGAUGCGAAAGAAGAAGAAGAAGAAACUGACGGAUCGCUCAAUAAGAAAUGUCGAGUGACCCAGUUGCUUGUGAUCGUCAAAUGGGGCGGAGACCUGACCCAUUCCGGCAUCCAGCAAGCCGAGUCCCUUGGCCAGCAUUUUCGUCAGAUCAUGUACCCCGGCGGAGACGGAGGGCUGCUUCGCCUGCAUUCGACGUACCGCCACGACUUGAAGAUCUACACGAGCGACGAAGGGCGCGUUCAAAAGACGGCAGCGUCGUUUGCCAAGGGUCUGUUGGAAUUGGAAGGCGACAUCGUGCCCAUCUUGGUGAGUUUGGUGCUCAAGUCGAAAGACGCCGACUCGAUGCUGGACCAGUCGGGAUCGUCGGCGCAGGAGAUGAUCUUGCAAGUGAAAGAGCGCCUGCACAACAUUUUGCAUCGAGGGGACGACUGCGGACUCCUCCGGACCAACUCGUCGUCUCGGUUGGUGCGCAGUGUCGCCGCGGCGUUGGACGUGGUGGAGCAACCCAUGAAGAAGAUGGAACGUAUGCACAAGUUGCUCAAUUCGUUAAAGGAACAGCUGACGACAUUUCUCGACAACGACGCCACGGAGAAGGCUGAAAACGCGAUCACCGCCACGGCAUUCGAACGUGAGCAGCUCGCGUGGGCGUACAAACCGCCGUCGCUGGAGCGCCAAGGAUCCGAGACGAGCGUUGUGUCGUGUUUGGAGCCAGUGGCCGACGCGACCGAGCACCGGUCGACUGUGAGUUCGGCAGGCGCGCGGCCGAAGAAACCGGCCGAGCACAUGGCCAACAAGACGCACACCAGGUCCAGCAUGGACCCGUCGUCCAAGAAGAAAAGGGAGCCGUGUGGCCGGGAAACCCUCGAGAUGAUGCGCGAGCGAUGGGCCAAGCUGUACCGCGAUUUUUACUCCAAGAAGCACAACACGUACGACUUGUCCAAGAUCCCCGACAUCCACGACUGCAUCCGAUACGACGCCAUGCACAACGCGCACUUGUACCUCAGUGGCAUUCGCGAACUGCUCGACAUCUCGGCGUCCCUAGCCCACGCGCUGGUACCCCAGGAGUACGGCAUUGACGUGCACGAAAAGCUUCACAUUGGCACCAACAUGUGUCGGUCUUUGCUCAAGAAAGUUCGCGACGACUUGGAUUUGGCCCGCGGGUUCAACAUCACCCAUCGACUCAACCCGACGUUUGCCACGACUGACCACCUCAUCAAGUCAGCGCACCGGUCGGUUCGCACCCGGCUGUACUUUACCAGCGAAUCCCACCUCCACACAUUGCUCAACGUUUUGCGGCACAGUGUCACAGGCCAAGACGAGAACGCUCCCGUGAGUCGGGAAGCUGUGAAAUUCGUCGAGGACAUUCCAGAGCUGUGCUACAUGACGCACAUUGUCGUGCGAGUGUUUGAGCGAGGGGGCUAUCAUAGCUUAGAUCCGCAUCGAUUCCGCGUCGAGUUGUCGCUGUCCCCUGGCGCCACUGGCGACCCCCUGACCGAAUUCUCCCCGAAAGAGCCGCUGUCGGUGGCGCCAUUGAAGGUCAUAUCUCGAGAAGGCCUGACAUGCCAAGAGUUCCAGGACUACAUUUGCAGCGUGAUUGCCUUUGGAAACUCCAAGCCACAGCCAGAAUAACACACAAAGUCACAAAAUGCGAUUGAAUACGUCAUUGGUUGUCGUGGGUUGUUUCCGGUUGUUCCAUGGGGCACUGACUCAUGUCUCGCUUGAUGGUGGGGGACGGAGGCGGUGGCUCACACGCUUCCGGCUGGCGACUCUGGGGCAUGGUCGACUCAAAAUGCGAAAUCUCGUCGUCCUUGGACUUCAAGUGCACGAACUCUUCCUUGCCAGUGUCCAAGUGCACGAUUUCUUUGUUCAGUUCUUCCGACUGCUCAAAGUACGUGAUUUCGCGGUGGGCAAACUCGCCCGUGGUCGAUUCCAUGUGG